AUGGCAACCAAUAUCACAUUCCAUCAAGCCGCUUUCACCCGGGCUGAGCGCACCAAACUUCGGGGUCAGCGAGGUCUUACCAUUUGGCUGACUGGCCUCUCGGCUUCUGGGAAAUCCACUGUUGCUGUGGAUCUCGAACACUAUCUUAUCGCUGAACGUGGUGUCGCUGCCUACCGCCUCGACGGAGACAACAUCCGUUUUGGCCUCAACAAGGACCUUGGUUUCGCCGAAGCAGAUCGCAAUGAAAACAUCCGUCGUAUAGCAGAGGUUGCGAAGCUAUUUGCCGACAGCAACACUAUUGCCAUUACGUCUUUCAUCUCCCCAUACCGAAAGGACCGUGAUACCGCGAGGGAGUUACAUGCCGCACCCACAGAUGGAGAGUCGGAUGGUCUUCCAUUCGUGGAAGUUUUCAUUGAUGUGCCGGUUGAGGUUGCUGAGCAAAGAGACCCUAAGGGACUGUAUAAGAAGGCAAGAACCGGUGAGAUUAAAAAUUUUACCGGUAUUAGCGCGCCAUAUGAGGCUCCAUUGAACGCCGAGGUUCAUAUUCGAAAUGAUCAGAUACCUGUGAGGGAAGCCGUGGAAAAAAUCGUGGCAUAUCUGGACAAGCAGGGUUAUCUCCCCCCUAAACCUCCGGUGAACUAA